UAAAGUUCAUACAUACCUAGGGUUUUAAUGUUGGCAGGGUCGUUAUAAGAAAAAUCUCUCCAUUUGCUUCUCUCUCUGCCCUUCAGCCGUGGACGAGAAAGGUUUUUGGGAAGACGCAGUGAGCGUUUCCUUCAUCUCGUGUACUGUGAAGAUGGCCGGUAUUCCGGAUCCUCUUCUCUGGGAGAUCGUGAAGAAGAACAACUCUUUCCUAGUCAAGCAAUUUGGGAACGGCACCGCGAAGGUCCAGUUCAGCCGAGAGAAGAAUAAUCUUUACAACAUCCACUCGUACAAGUACUCGGGGUUGGCAAACAAGAAGACCGUGUCGAUUCAACCUGGUGCAGAUGUUUCUGUUGUGCUGUCAACUACCAAGACCAGAAAGCAAAACAAGCCUGCUUUGGCUCACCACAAGUCUGUUAUGAAGAAAGAGUUUCACAAAAUGGCAAAGGCUGUUGUUAACCAGGUUUCUGAUAACAACUACAGGCCAGACCUUAAGAACGCUGCUCUUGCAAGGCUGAGUGCUGUUCACAGGAGCCUGAAGGUUGCCAAAUCUGGCCCCAAGAAGAGGAACAGGCAGCGUACUAAGAUCUCCUUUACGAAGUGAAUGAGUGCACACAAAUUUUUUGCUGCUUUCAGAAUGUUUCUGAUACUACCCAAUAUAGGUGUUUUGACGUGAUGAUAUUUUCUCAUUCCCUCUCUUGUUUCUCUUUGUUAAGUACAUUCUUUUUCUAGUUUUCACUCUUCUAGAGACCGUUUCCUCCCAUAUCUGUAUUGUUUCGACUUGAUAAUGUGAUUAUUGGCAUGAAAAGAUUCUUUCUUUCAUGUGAA